UAUCAUGUUCUUGUUGUGCAAUGUUAAAAAAUAUGAAUUGUAUAUGUGACAGCUAUUCCUAAUUUUUAUUUAUUUGUAUUAGUUAUUCAAAAAGACAAUAUAAUGGUUAAUAUUGAAUUAGAUAUAUGGCGGGGAGAAUGGGGCCUCGCUUCUAUAGAUUUAGAAUGCUUAAAAGUCCUAACUUAUAUGAAAUUUAUUGGCGUGCCAGUUAGAGUUCGGGAAGCUAGUAAUCCGUUUUUCACACCAAAAGGAUCCUUACCUGUUUUGAGAGAUGGAAGAACUGUUCUGACAAAUUUCGAGGAAGUUGUAGAGUAUUUAAAGUCAUUGCAUUACAGUACGGAUGUUCACUUAAAUCAAAAACAAGCAGCUGAAGCGAGUGCCUUCACACAAUAUUUACGGGAUAAACUCUAUCCUGCUUACCAGUAUGCGUGGUGGGUGGACGAGAAGAACUAUGGUGAUGUAACAAGACCCACAUAUGCAAAGGCCUUACAAAUUCCAUUUAACUUUUACUAUCCAUCCAGAUAUCAAAGGGCAGCUAAAGAAAUGAUAGAUGCAUUAUAUGGUGAACACUCUGAUUUAAAAGAAGUUGAAAAAACAAUUUAUAAUGAAGCUGAAAAGUGCCUAAAGACUCUUUCAGACAGGUUGGGUGAGAGUGAAUAUUUUUUCGGCAAUAGACCAUCUUCUUUUGAUGCAACAGUAUUUGCAUACCUGGCUCCUCUUGUGAAAACACCUCUUCCAAAUGCAACUCUUUCUAAUCAUAUCAAAGGAAUAGCUAAUUUGAGUAGAUUUGUUGCAAGAAUCAGUCAGAAGAAUUUUAGAAAUGUCACAGAUGAGUACAAUAGACAGAACAAGAAACAAUCUCAGGGCACCCAGUCAGAGCGCGAGGCGCAGUUCCCGAAUGCGACGCGCAAUAAAGUGCUUGCGGGAUUGUUCGCCACGCUCGCCAUGACCGGUUACGCUGUGGCCACUGGCAUGUUCCAGGACAUGAAAGAUUUCCAGCAUUCGCAAGAUUACAGCGAGAUGUUUGAGAAUGAAGAAGAUGAUAACUGAUAGUGAGCCAGCUGUUGACAACACGCAACUGAGACGCAUCACCUGUAGCGGAAUUAGCACUAAUCAUUAUUAAUCUUUUUACUUGAUAUAUUCUUUAUUAAAAAUAUUUAGCUUAUUUCUACCAUUGCAUUUAAUAAUAGUAAAAAGAAACUGCCAGUUUUCGCCACUUUUUUUUAUUUCAAUGAGUAUGAAAAGACAAAGUAUGUUUCAUAUACAUAUUAAAAUAUCAAACUAUGACACAGUCUUAGAGAGCUUUUAUCGUUAGUAAAGCAAGUGGUAAUAGCAAUUAUUACUAAUGCUACUGGACAUAGAUCUUUUCAAAGAUAUUAUAUAAUUAGAUUUGACCUUAAAAGUAUUCCAAAAGGUUGAUGGUUGCUUUUAUAAUUCACACGAAAUUUUCUGUAAAUAUAGGUAAUAAUAUAAAAAAAAUAACAUAAGAAACAAAAUAACACAAUCUUAUACGUUCCUGUUUUUCAUUCAAUUGAUUAUAUCAGCAUAUUUUAUAUAGUUAGAUAAUUUUUUCAAUUGUUGAUAUAAAAUUACAUAUAUAUAUACAGUAGAGAAAUAUUUUUUGUUUAUAAUUGAAUUUAUUUUAUAAACUUUGUUAACUAUGAUGGUUCUACAUCACUAUUUUGAAUAGACUGGCAUUUAAAAUAUUAAGUAAAAAAGAGUGUAAAAGUAGAAUGAAAAGGAGGAGAUUUAAGAAUUAUUUUAUUUAGAUUUUAUUAAAAAAUGAACACAUGUAAAAAGCAUUGAGUAUCAAUGUAGCUUGUAAGAUAGAUUAGAUGCCAAAUGUGUAGUUUUGAUUGACUUGUUGUUAGUUUCGGGUUGGUAGAGGAAACAUUCGCUGCAAUGAGUGAGUGUAUUUGGUUUGUUUUAAUUUAUUAGUGAAGCAUGAAUAAAUAUUGCUUGUUACUA